GGUGCAUUCGCGUUGGACGCUUACGCGCUGUGAGCGUGCUUACAUGUCAUUUUCAUCGUUCGACUUGGCGCUGUGAGUGUCACAUAAGUACGCUCAUGGCUGAGUUCGUAGCACAGACUUCGCGCUCAUUUAUGCUCACGCCACAGAGGUAGGGCAGCGAAAGCGUGAGCGCCAAUUUUUAUUAUCUGUCAAAACGAAUGCAACUUGAGCAUAAGCUAACCAAAAAAUUUCAUUUAUUUCUAAAUUGUUAAAUUCUUUACAAUCCCGCAAAAAUGGCAAGCAGUCAACCAAAAUUAAUUUCUGUUGAGCUAACUGAUCCAGAAAGUAAUAAAAUUUACAAUUAAAUUAAAAUUUAAAAAAUAAAAAUUUAAAUUAUUUGAUAAACAGUUGCCAUGUUGAUGAUUAUUGACGCUCACAAUAUCCAAAACGAACGAAAUUUAUUUAUUGAUUCUAAGCGCCUAUAGGCCAUCUCGAACACUAAAAAUUUGUGCUUAUAAGCGUGAGCGCUCACAGCGCGUAAGCGUCCAACGCGAAUGCACCCUAAGUAUAGCUUAAAAUUGCACAAAAUAACAUUUUAGAUCUCCCUUUGUAAAACAACAUAGUCCACCAUGUAUACACCUGUGAAAAAGUAUGGAAAACUAUAAAAAGGGUAAAAACGUCGAGCUUGAGCUUGAGAGGGAGCAAAUUCCUAUCGACAAACUACCCAAAGACUUCAUAUGGAUGCAUGUAAGAGGAGGUAGUAAAAUUCGAAAUUUACUCACCUAUGCACUAGAAAAGUUCCCUGCAACAGACAGCCUGGUAUGGACUGGUUAUGGCCCUGCAGUUGGCAAAACAAUCACAUGUGCUGAGAUCAUGAAGAGGGAAUGUGGCCUGCCUGUUCAUCAAAUCACAAAAAUAUGUUACAGAGAAAUUGACGAAUAUUGGGAUCCAAUCAUACCUGAACUGGACCAACUUGUAGUCAAAAGAAAACUACCAAUGAUUCACAUUCUUUUAUCAAAAGAGAGAAUCAAUGAUGACCAGUUGGGUUAUCAGGCACCAGGGGAAACUGUAACAUUCACACCAAUGACAACAAAUUCCAGCACAAGCAAUGGUAAACAAAACAAAAACAGAAAUAACAAACAAAAAAAGAAUAGCAAGAAAAAUUCAACAUCUGAAGGAAGCACAAGUGGUCCAACAGGUUCAAAAAGUCCCAAAGUUAGUUGAGAAUAAUUAAACAAUAUAAAAUAAACAAAUGACCAGUAAAUUCGGAGUCUAAUUUAAGUUAAAUCUUGAUUUUAAAGCAAAUGAUUGUUUUUUAAACAAUAUACUACUGAGGAUCUCUGUAGACUACUGGAUUUUCAUAAUUUACUAAUCAAAUAUUUUAUGAAUCAGCAUUUUUUAAUCGCUAGAACGUCGAAAUAAAAAAAUGUAUAUUAUGAAUAAAUAAUAUGUUGCACAA